UGAAGCACUCUGAAUUCCACUAGAAAUGAAUGGUUUCUAAGUAGUACUUGUGCCGCCAUUAGCUGAAACCGUGUCUGCAACCAUGGCUCCUCCUCCUUCACUUCUGCUUCCCACCGCAUCCCUCCUCUGCUCAUUUGCUCUCCUUUCAAUUUCAAGAGCUGUAGCACAUGACAUUCUUCCCUUGAGAUCCUCUCUAACCGUCGAAGCCUUCCAAACUGACAUGCUGCAAUCAUCAGAUGGCACCUUCUCCUGUGGUUUCUACAACAUCUACACCAAUGCCUUCACAUUUUCAAUAUGGUAUUCCAAGGCGGCAAACAAAACCGUCGUGUGGAGUGCAAAUCGCGACCGCCCUGUCCAUGUCAAAAGGUCAACCCUGGCCUUGCAGAGGGAUGGAAAUAUGGUCCUAAGAGAUUAUGAUGGCACAGUUGUGUGGCAAGCUGGUGGCAACUUCAGAAAUGUCCAGUAUGCUCAGCUGUUGAAUACUGGGAAUUUCAUCUUGAAGGAUACCAAUGGCAAGACAAUAUGGCAAAGUUUUGAUUCACCCACAGACACUUUCCUACCAACUCAGCCCAUCACUGCUUCUACAAAGUUAGUGCCUACAACCCAAUCACCUGUUCCUGGUAACUACAUCUUCCGUUUCAGUGAUCUAUCAGUACUGUCACUUAUAUAUGACACUCCUGAAGCUUCGGAUAUAUACUGGCCAGACCCUGAUCAGACUCUCUACCAGGAUAAUAGAAACCAGUACAACAAUACUAGGUUGGGGAUGUUGGACAACAACGGGAGUUUCGGGUCGAGUGAUUUUGCUGAUGGUCAACCACUUGUGGCCUCUGAUGCAGGGCCUGGGAUUAAGAGAAGGCUAACUCUGGAUUCUGACGGUACUCCGGGACGCGAGCAGGGCAUGGAAAUUCGGGCGUCCCUUGGCCGGCGGCGGCUGGUCUGCCUCUCCCUACCCCGGUGCGCCCGGCUUGUGUGGGCCCGGUCUGGAGGCUGUAAUGCUAUUGUCAACAUAACAUGUCAUAAUCAGGAACCUAUGAAGUUUGUGAGACUCCCGCAGACAGAUUUUUGGGGCUCCGAUCAGCGGCAUAUUCGCUCGGUUUCUUUACAUGCUUGUAAGAGGACCUGCAUGGGUGACUGCACCUGCAAAGGCUUUCAAUACCAGGAAGAUACAGGGUCAUGCUAUCCGAAAGCUGGUCUUUUUAGUGGACGGACCUAUCCAUCAACCGAUGUGCGAACAAUAUAUCUCAAGCUUCCUUCCAAGGUGAAUGUUUCAAGCACAACUUUUCGUUACUCGGACGUGUUUGAUUCUGCACCACCUAGUCUUGAUUGCAACCAGAUGAGCAGCAUACUACCAAAUCUAGAAGUGCAUAACAAUGGUGUGGAAGAAUCAAAGUGGUUCUACUUCUACGGUUUCAUAGUUGCAAUUUUUGUUGUUGAAGUUUCCUUUAUAGCAUUCGCAUGGUUCUUUGUUCUGGGAAGAGAGCUUAGGCCAUCAGAGAUAUGGGCGGCCGAGGAAGGAUACAAAGUGAUGACUAGUCAUUUUCGAAGAUACAGUUACGGAGAACUAGUGAAGGCGACAAUAGAUUUCAAAGUUGAGCUAGGAAGGGGAAGUUCAGGCGUAGUGUACAAAGGUGUCUUAGAAGAUGAAAGACCAGUUGCUCUGAAAAAGCUGGAGCAUAUUAGUCGGGGUAAGGAAGAGUUCCAGGCUGAGCUGAGUGUGAUUGCCAGGAUUUACCACAUGAAUCUAGUGAGAAUAUGGGGGUUUUGUUCAGAGGGAUCUCACAGGCUGUUGGUUUGUGAAUAUAUCGAGAAUGGCUCACUGGCUAGCAUUUUGUUCAGUGACAAAAACAAUAUCUCGCUGGACUGGAAGCAACGGUUCAAUAUUGCGUUAGGAGUUGCGAAAGGAUUGGCCUAUCUUCACCAUGAGUGCUUGGAAUGGGUCAUUCAUUGUGAUGUGAAACCUGAGAAUAUACUGUUGGACAAGAACUUUGAGCCUAAGAUCACUGACUUUGGAUUGGCAAAGUUACUAAGCAGAGGUGGGUCCAGUGAGAACACAUCUCAUGUCCGAGGAACGACAGGUUACAUUGCUCCUGAGUGGAUUUCUGGCCUCCCUAUCACGUCGAAAGUUGAUGUGUAUAGCUAUGGAGUUGUGCUUCUUGAGCUUUUAUCUGGAAGCAGAGUCUCGGAGUUGACCGUCGGUUCAGAUGCAGAGGUGCAUAGUAUGCUCAGGAAGCUUGUCACGACGCUUGCAGAUAAACUGGAAGGAAAUGAUGAAUCUUGGAUCGACAGAUUUGUGGAUUGCAAAUUGAGUGGACAAUUCAGCUAUGUACAAGCUAGAACAUUGGUCAAACUGGUCGUUUCUUGUUUGGAGGAAGAUAGAAGAAAGAGAUCAACUAUGGAAUCUAUUGUCCAGACUCUCCUAUCAUUUGAUGAAGCGAACAAGUAGUACCAAUUUAAUUUUGUAUGUGACCUUUUAAAUAUGGCAACACUAUUUCGUUGCUAGGUCAAAGAUGUAUGCAUGCCACAGUGUGGAACUUUUUCCAGUAGUAGUCAUUGAUGAAAGUUUUGUUGCA